ACAAAACGCCCGACCGGGCGUUUGAAGCCUCAUCGCGAUUUACCCAGAUCGCCCGACCGGGCAUAUUCCGACUUACAGAUCGCCCGACCGGGCGAUUUGUCGCUGUUGCCAACUUUGCCUCUUUCUUACUCCGGAUAUAAAAGGGUUCUCACUCAUUUCCAAACCCUAACUCCCACACCACGAAUCUUAGCAAGAAAGUAAGGUUUUGAGAGGAUUUGAAGUCAAGGAGCUUCCCAUUUCCAAGAGAUUGGAGGAAGGAGACCCCCCACCAUCAAUUCCACCAUAGGGAGUUCUAGUUUUUAUGCUCACGCGCUCAAGUCGUUUACCCCUUGAGCCGAUUAAUUUAGAGAUAGAAGCCGCCAAUAGAAGAAGAGGAGGACGAAGGAGAAGAGCAAGAGCUCAACAUCAAGUUGAGCCAAUGGAAAAUCCACAUGGGAACAAUGAGGGAAUUCCCCCUCCACCUCCACCUCCAUUAAAUCAAGACCAAAUCAUUCUCCAACUACAACAAGAAAUGGCGGAGAUGAGAAGGGAAAGAGAGGAGGAAAGGAGGCGAGAGGCUCCGGUUAGAGACGCAUUUGGGAACGUCAAUAUCCCACAUCCACCCUAUGAUACAAGGGUGAAUGCCAACAAUUUUGAGUUGAAGACAGGAUUGAUUCAAUUUAUGGAGCAACGUGUUUUCUCGGGAAGGCCCACGGAGGAUCCUAAUAGGCACUUAUCUAAAUUCUUAGAGAUUGCCAAUACAACUAAGCUUAAUGGGGUUCCCGACGAUACAAUCAAACUUAGGCUAUUUCCAUUCUCAUUGUCGGGAUAUGCUAGAGAUUGGUUUGAUAACCUUGAGCCGGGCUCGGUUACAAGUUGGGACGACUUAGCCCAAAAGUUUUUGGAUCGAUUCUUCCCUCUAAGCUCCACUCUCAACCUCCAAGCAGAGAUCUCCCACUUUAAAAUGAAGGGCCAAGAGUCUAUGUUCGAGGCUUGGGAGAGAUUCAACGCCUUGCUAAAGAAAUGCCCCAACCAUGGGUUAUCUCCGGGCCAUCAAGUGAGCCUCUUCUACAAUGGAUGCUCGGAGUUUAUCAAGAGUCAAUUAGACUUUGGUUCGGGGGGUUCAUUCUUGGACAAGGGGGUCGAGGAGUGCAAGAAGAUGCUUCAAAGGCUUGCCUAUACUAGCAAGGGUUGGAGCUCGGGCCGAGAUAGUUCAAUGCCGGUGGCAUCGGUUGUGGAUUCGGAUGCAUUCAAUCUUCUCAACCAACAAAUGAUGUUGUUGAAUCAAAAGGUGGAUGGCCUUAGUUUGGGAGUGGCACCUAUGGGAGAGCCUUUACAUACCGUGGAAGAUGUCAAUUAUGUGCAUCAAGGAGGGAAUCAAAGGAACUUCUACAACUAUCGCCCUAACAAUGGGGGUGGUAAUUACCAAGGCUAUCGCUCACCCUUCAAUGCACAUCCAAACCUUUCUUAUGGCAAUCCAAACAAUGCUAUCCAACCACCUCCACCACCUCGUUUCCCUACACCUAGUGGGUCGACAAGUGGGGCCGCUAAUGUGCCCACCAAUUCUAAACCUUCAAGUGAUGAUGUCACCCAUGAGCUUCUAAAAGCUCUAAUGGAGAAGACCGAUGGAAUCAUGACACAAUCUACUAAGAGAAUUGAUAAGGUUGAGACGGCGGUAGUGGAGGUCACCACGAGAAUGGGGGCUUUGGAGCAUCAAAUGAGUCAAAUUGCCCAAGCCGUGGGCCAACUUCAUCAACCGGGGCAAUUCCCAAGCAACACCAUUCCUAACCCAAAGGAUUGCAAGGCUAUCAAUUUGAGGAGUGGAACAAGCUAUAAGAGCCCCCCUAUGCCCGAAAAGGAAGCUAUUGUGCAACCCGAAGAAGAAGAGACAAUAGAAGUGGAGGCAUCAACGAAGAGCCCACCAAAAGAUCAAGCCGAGACAAUAGUUCCUCCUAAGCCCACGGAAGUUAAACUUCCUUUCCCUCAAAUGAUGCAAAAGAAAAAGAAGGAUGAACAAUUUUCAAGAUUUUUGGAUAUCUUUAGGAAAGUUCAAAUUAACAUCCCUCUUGUUGAAGCACUUCAACAAAUGCCAAGUUAUGCAAAGUUCCUCAAGGAUGUGGUAUCACAAAAAAGGAAAUGGGGGCACUAUGAGACGGUCAACUUGACGGAGAGUUGCAGUGCAAUUAUUCAAAGGAAGUUGCCGGCCAAAAUGCAAGAUCCGGGAAGCUUCACUAUUGAGUGCACUAUUGGAAAUUGCUUUGUGGGGAAUGCCUUGUGCGAUCUAGGGGCUAGCAUUAAUCUUAUGCCAUUGUCCUUCUUCAACAAGUUGAAUAUUGGUAAAUUGAGAUCGACUAGCAUUACUUUGCAAAUGGCGGAUAGAUCGGUGGCAUAUCCCUCGGGCAUAGCAGAAGAUAUAUUGGUGAGGGUGAAUGAGUUCAUAUUCCCCGUUGACUUCGUGGUGUUGGACAUGGAAGAGGAUAGAAUUGUACCUCUUAUUUUGGGAAGACCGUUCCUUGCCACCGGGAAGGCCAUGAUCGAUGUUUCAAAAGGGGAACUUACACUUCGCCUCAAUGAUGAGAGCGUGACAUUUUCGAUAUAUGAGGCCUUAAAGAGGCAUGAUGCGGAACCGGGAGGAAGCCUACAACAUUGCAAUGUUGUGACCGUGAUGGAUGAGUGUGUUGGAGGAGUGGCACCGACCUCUUACUUGGAUGAUCAAUUAGAGAGAUGCAUUUCUCAUUCCAUGUAUUCUUCUCAUUCUUUUGAUGUUUUGGAUGCUAACCCCGAGUUGUUGGAAUUUGUAGGUGCUUUGGACUCGGCUAAAGAAAUCCCUAGAUCACUUCGUCCACAAUUUCUACCUCUUAGGAGUGGAAGUGAAGAUAGCAAUAAAGAUGGGGAAAACAAGAAGCUUGAGUUGAAGCCACUUCCACUACACUUGCGAUAUGCCUUUCUUGGAGGGAAUGACACUUUUCCGGUAAUUGUAUCAUCUUCUCUCUCUAGUUUCGAGUUGGAUAAAUUGUUGAGAGUUCUUAGGAAGCAUAAGAGAGCCAUUGGGUGGUCCAUAUCGGAUAUUAAGGGAAUAAGCCCAACCGUUUGCAUGCAUAGAAUUCAUUUAGACGAGGGGUAUAAGCCUAAGGUACAAAACCAAAGGCGACUAAACCCUAUUAUGCAAGAUGUGGUUAGAAAAGAAGUGUUGAAAUGGUUAGAUGCCGGUAUGAUAUAUGCUAUAUCCGACAGUGAGUGGGUGAGUCCUACUCAAGUGGUGUCUAAAAAGGGGGGCACCACUGUGGUGAAAGGGAAAAAUGAUGAGUUGAUAGCUACUAGAGUGGUGUCCGGGUGGAGAGUUUGCAUUGAUUAUCGCGCUUUAAAUUUGGCCACUAGGAAAGAUCACUUCCCCCUUCCAUUUAUUGAUCAAAUGUUGGAUAGGUUAGCCGGACAUGAGUAUUAUUGUUUUCUCGAUGGUUAUUCGGGAUAUAACCAAAUUUUGAUAGCUCCCGAGGAUCAACAUAAGACGGCUUUUGUGUGUCCUUAUGGUGUCUAUGCAUUUAGGAGAAUGUCUUUUGGGCUUUGUAAUGCCCCGGCUACUUUUCAAAGAUGUAUGAUGUCCAUUUUUCAUGAUAUGGUUGAGAAUAUUAUGGAGGUUUUCAUGGAUGACUUCUCUGUUUUUGGUAUGACAUUUGAUAGUUGCUUGGAUAAUCUAACCAAAGUUUUGCAGAGAUGUGAGGAGACCAAUCUAGUACUCAAUUGGGAGAAAUGUCAUUUUAUGGUCCGUGAUGGGAUCGUGUUGGGACACAAAAUUUCAGCCGGAGGACUUGAAGUGGAUAGAGCCAAGAUAGUUGCCAUUGAGCAAUUGCCACAUCCUUGUAGUGAGAAGGCCGUGAGGAGCUUCCUAGGCCAUGCGGGGUUCUAUAGGCGUUUCAUCAAAGAUUUUUCACAUAUUGCUAGACCCCUUUGCCAUUUACUAGCUAAAGAUGUAAAAUUUGAUUUCACUCUUGAAUGUGCGCAGGCAUUUGAGAAGCUCAAGGCGGCGUUGGUGAGUGCCCCAAUCUUGAUCUCCCCCGAUUGGUCUCAACCUUUCGAGAUCAUGUGUGAUGCAAGUGAUGUGGCGGUAGGCUCGGCUUUGGGACAAAAGAGAGACAAGAUAUUCCGGGUGAUAUAUUAUGCUAGUAGGACAUUGGAUUCGGCUCAAGCUAACUACACCACUACCGAGAAGGAAAUGCUUGCGGUGGUCUACUCUUUUGACAAGUUCCGCCCUUACCUUAUUGGGGCCAAAACUAUUGUCUUUACUGACCAUGCCGCCAUCCGCCAUCUAUUUGUUAAGCAAGAUGCAAAACCAAGGCUUAUAAGGUGGAUCUUGCUCCUUCAAGAAUUUGAUUUGGAAAUCCGAGAUAGAAAAGGGUGUGAGAAUGUGGUGGCGGAUCAUCUUUCAAGAUUGGAGCAUGCUAGUGAAGAGGAAAAAUUGAAGUUGGUCAUCAAUGAAGAAUUCCCGGAUGAGCAUUUGUUUUAUGUGGCCAAGGGUCAAGUGGCAUGGUAUGCCAAUAUUGUGAACUAUCUUGUUGCUAAGGUGAUUCCCGAAGGACUUGAGGACUAUCAAAAGAAGAAGUUCUUCCACGACGUGAAGUUCUAUUUUUGGGACGAGCCUUGUCUUUUUAGAAGAUGUGCCGACAUGGUGAUUAGAAGAUGUGUCCCUCAAGAGGAGUGGGAGUCCGUUAUUAUGCAUUGCCACACCGCACCUAGUGGGGGGCAUUUUGGAGCUAACCGGACUGCUAUGAAAGUGCUCCAAAGUGGUCUAUUUUGGCCAACCAUCACCAAAGACUGCCAGGACUACGUGAGAAGAUGCAACGAGUGCCAGAGAAUGGGGGGUGUUUCUAAGAAGAAGGAGAUGCCAUUGACGACAAUUGUUGAAGUCGAGUUGUUUGAUGUGUGGGGCAUUGACUUCAUGGGGCCCUUUCCUCCAUCUAGUGGGUUCCAAUACAUUCUACUAGCCGUUGACUAUGUAUCAAGGUGGGUGGAAGCCAUUCCUACCCAAACUAAUGAUUCAAAGGUGGUGAUUAAAUUCGUUCAAAAGAACAUAUUCACGCGAUUCGGCGCACCUCGGGCUAUCAUAAGUGAUGGAGGGUCUCAUUUUCGCAAUAGGUGGCUAGAGGCGGUCUUAGCAAGGCAUGGAGUGAAGCAUCGGGUGACAACUCCUUAUCAUCCACAAGCUAAUGGUCAAACCGAGUUGGCCAAUAGAGAGAUCAAACAAAUAUUGCAAAAGAGUGUCAAUGCUAACCGUAGAGAUUGGGCUCUCAAGCUUGACGAUGCUCUAUGGGCGUAUAGGACGGCUUACAAGACGCCAAUCGGGAUGUCACCUUAUCAAUUGGUCUUUGGGAAAUCAUGCCAUCUCCCGGUUGAAUUGAAGCACUCAUCAUAUUGGGCGGUGAGGCAAAUGAACAUGGACUUCACCAAGGCCGGCAAGGAAAGGAAGCUUCACCUCAAUUUACUUGAUGAAUUUAGGAAUGAAGCUUAUGCUAAUUCCUCAAUCUACAAGGAGAGGAUGAAGACGUAUCACGACAAGAUGAUUGAGAGGCGUGAAUUCCACAAGGGGGAUGCCGUGUUGCUUUUCAACCACAAGUUGAGACUCUUUCCGGGCAAGCUAAAAUCUAAGUGGUCGGGACCCUUCACUAUCAAGGAGGUCAUGAGCAAUGGCACAAUGGAGCUCAAAGGACCCGAUGGAAGCACGUUCAAGGCAAAUGGUCAAAAUCUCAAGAGGUUCUUUACCAAGGAGCAACAAGACGAGGUCUUUGUGGUUGCCUUGAUUGAGUAGUGGAGCUUGCAAAGCGUCGGGCAAAUGACGUUAAACAAUUGCGCUAUGGGGGAGGCAACCCCUAGUAGGUAAAAUUUAUAGCUUUUGUGUUUUUGGUGUGUUUUUAUUUUGUUCUUGUUUUUGGUGUGUUUUGUGUGUUUUAAGUGGAACAGGAGAUAGGCUUUGAUGGGUGAAAAGCGGACAAAAAAAAACUGGAGAAAUGG